CUCAAAGUCUCAAUGUUAACUCCGACUCUGCUCACAAUCAAUGUCUGUACGAGAUUCAAGCUGUUCUCUGGGCAUUUUCUGGCUAUAUCUCGACGAAAGUGAUGUCGCACGCAGCACCGUAACUGUCAACAGGUGAUUGGUCGAUGCGCCAGAAGUGACGCUCACGGGACUACGGGAACCACUCGGCAUCAUGAUUCUGUCUUAACCCAUGGCUACGCCUGUGACGCUAUAGUGUGAAACCUGACUAUAUCUCUCAUGGCCACCACUCAAACCUCGGACCGAUUCAACGCCUCAGACUCUGACAUUACUCUCAAGUCAUGCGACGACGUUCUAUUUUGUGUACACCGCAUAAACCUCGAGAUGCACUCUCAGGUGUUUGCUGAUGCUGGAGGGUUGACCAUUCCGAAGCACGAGGAGGUCGUCCCCCUCACAGAACGUGCUGAGGUACUCGAGCUUAUGCUUCAGUACAUGUAUCUGCAGCGCCAGCCGGACUUGACGCACGUCAAGUUUGAGGUACUUAAGGAUCUCGCUGAGGCCGUGGAGAAAUAUGAGAUAUACUCAGCCAUGGGAGUAUGCGCACAGAAGAUGAAGGAGUCUAUAGCGGACCAUCCAUUAGAAGUGCUCCUGUACAGUGUUCGACACAAGCAUGUUGACAUCAUCAACGAGUGCGCGGAAGCUAGUAUCAACAUGUCGACAACCGAAAUGCUUCAGUCUCUUCCUUCUGACAUAUUCGCCGCUUGGAUUCGAUACCACCAAGAUUGGACAGACCUGAUGAAUAGGGAGUACACACGUUUCGGUCCUACGCGUCACCACAAGAAUGUCACCGUGCAUCACUGUGAAAUAUGGGCAGAGAAUUACGCUUGUAUAGCUUAUGAGAUUGCAGGCAAACCUCAGAAUUUACUCAAGUUGCGGUCGCUGCUACAGCGGAGACAACAAACACUAGGGAAUCGUUGCGAGGACUGUAAAAGGGAGUUGGGAUAUUGGUAUCAUCAGGCUAACAGGGAUAGGAAUGACUUGCCGCAGUUUAGUGAAUACCUUUAGCUUGUAGAAUAGGAAGACGGGACAGAUGUAUCGAAUAAUGUAACGGAACAUGUUGUAUAUCAAUAACGCAUUUGUGCGAAGAACGCGACUUACAACAGAGCGAC